GACGCUCCUCCCUCACCGUUUUCCCCCGGUUCAGUCUAAUAUAAUUCCCUCAAGGCUCGCGAAAUCAAGAAUGACGCUUGAAAAAAACUCUAGUUUUGACUGGCAUCGAACCUUAGCAAUAUAGCAAGCGGACAAUAUACAAGGAUUUUAGUUCAUCAUCAAGCCACAUAUUUCCUGCUGUUCAAAGGUCAUGUAUACGGUUUUUAAGAAUGUCGCAACGAAUUAACGAUGUUGUGCGGCUGUGUUGCGAGUUAUCUGCAAACCAGCAGAUAAAGACCACCGUGAAGGGAUCUUCCAAAGGGGCGGUGGCAGCAGGGGGACUAGCCUUUGCAGGAGGACUGGUUGGAGGCCCCCUUGGCAUCGCUGUGGGGGGUGCCGUCGGUGGCCUACUGGGAUGCUGGAUGACCAGUGGACAGUUCAAGCCGCUGCCUCAGAUCAUCAUGGAACUGACCCCGGUGCAGCAGCAGAAGCUCUACGAUGACAUCAUGGCCAUCAUGGGCGAGGUCCAGUGGACCGACAUGGCCCAGCUGACUGCCCUGGUCAUGGGUAACGCCACCCUACAGCAGCAGGUGACCGCUGCCCUCCUGGGCUAUGUGACCAAAGAGCUCCAGGCAGAGGUGCACUAUGUAGACUGACAAGGCCUCUGUCAGAGAGCACAUCUCUUUAGGGUUUUCAAAGGAAAAUGGAAACGAUGCUGGUAUGACAUUUUGCACAAUCUCAAAGGACGAUUUAAAAAUGAAUGACAAGAGACUAUUUAUUAAAAGUGGGGCUGUACACUCAAAGAUGAAAACCUCCAUGGUCUGUGAGAAGGGAAGGAGCCACUGAUUGAAGGAACACAAAUGCAUGAAAUUAGUUACUGUGACUAAUUAUUUCAAAGGUUUGUGUGACUAUGUAUUGACUACCUGAAUUAAGAAUUGUGUGAAAAGAAAUAACCUAUAAUCCUUUCAAUUCUGUACUCCUGGAUGUCACUCAUAUACAUCUGUGAAAGCUGGCACUUAUCAAGUAAGUAGUUUCUUAUAGACUGGUGUGCUCUGCAAGUUUAACCAGUGAGAAUAUAGGAGCCUAAAUUAGACCGCCUAACGCUUCUUCAGGGUUUGGUCUAUCAUACUUAGACCAGUCUUUUUAUGCAUUCGGUGCCAAAAAUCAAGAUGAUGUAUUUAACUUAUUUAAAAUGUUGACAAAAUGACAUUCACAUGCUGAUACAUUGGCCUAUCGGAAUUUAUACCCAUCUUACCUGUGUUGAUGAUUGUAAUAUUAUCACUGAUUCUAGAGCAGGGGUGGGAAACAUACGGAUCCGGCCCACGAGGCUAUUCAAUCCGACCCGGGGGUAGGUUUGAGUAAAAAUAAUAAAAACUGAACAAAAAUAUAAA